CACACCAUCAUUUUAGGUGAAGCAGAAAAGAGCUAUUGUGCAUGGGUGUCGCAGUUUAUGAAGUUUAUUGAAUAAUCAACUGACACGGCCAUACAGGAAACGGCGCCAUGGCACAAGGAUUGAAGGAACGAUUUGAUAAGUUUCUUCAUGAGAAAAAUCUUAUGACAGAUCUUUUGGAGAAGAUUGAAACGAAAACGGGAGUGAAUAGGUCCUAUAUUUCAAUCGCCAUCAUCGCCAUUAUUGCUAUAUAUCUCGUGAUUGGAUACGGAGCUUCUCUUUUGUGUAAUCUGAUUGGAUUCGCUUACCCAGCAUAUAUAUCGAUCAAAGCAAUUGAAAGUAUAACCAAAGAUGACGACACAAAAUGGCUGACUUACUGGGUGGUAUAUGGGGUGUUCAGUGUGGCUGAGUUCUUCGCUGACCUCUUCCUGUUCUGGUUCCCAUUCUACUAUAUGCUGAAGUGUGCUUUCUUGGUGUGGUGCAUGGCUCCCACUCCCUCCAACGGAUCCAUCUUGAUUUACAAUCGCAUCAUUCGUCCCAUCUUCCUGAAGAAUGAAGCCAGGAUUGACAGUGCCAUGAAGGAUAUUAAAGACAAGGCAUCCGAAGCAGCUGACAAGUUCAAAGAUGAGGCCAAGAGAGCCACAGCCAACAUCAUGUUCGAAGAGAAGAAGAGCACCUAAGAAAAAUCCUGGAGUGGAUCUCAUAUCAAUCGUUGAAAACCCGAGGAGAAUGUCUGUCACAUACCUUAAUAAAUGUUGCCUUGAAGUUUUUUUUUAAAUGUUUAUUUUAUAAAACAAAACUGGAGGAUAGCUUUUGGUUUUGCGCACCUCUCCUGUCUCUGAAGGUAAAAACAAAUAGACCUAAGCAUUAUAACUAAUUUAAGGCCUUUUGGAUGCAGUCAGAUAUCUGCAAGACAAUUUCACAACAUUUAAAUUGUAUAUCCUGAUGCUGAAAGUCCCUUUGUUCUCUUGCUAUGCUUAAAAUAUCGAAAUAAAGCCAAAAGUGGUCAAA